AUGGCGGUCCGCUUUCCUGGCUUUUCUGCCAACCUUGCCAUGCUCUUCCAGGAGGUGCCAUUCUUGCAGCGCUUUGCUCGUGCGCGACGAGCGGGCUUCAAUGCCGUUGAGAUCUCCAGCAACGAGCUUUUUGCGCAUCCACCAGACGAGGUCAGGAGCUGUUUGGAUGCUGAGGGUUUGGAAUGCGUUCUUUUCAACCUACCAGCUGGUGACUGGCGCCAAGGAGACCGUGGCUUGGCUUCCCUGGACCGUCCCAAGGAGUUCUUGGCCUCGCUCCAGCAAGGGGCCGAAUAUGCACAGAGGCUGAAGUGCCCUCGAGUUCAUUGUCUAGCGGGCCUGAAUGGCUCUGCAGAGCUCUACCGAUCCAAUCUUCGAAAAGCGGUGGAAUUCUUGGGCCCGGAUGUGGAGGUUUUGAUCGAACCCAUCAACCAAAGAAGCAUGCCAGGUUACCAUCUGGCAUCAUUUGCGGAAGCUGCAGACAUCAUUGCGGAUAUUGCUGGACAGUCAGACAAGCCUUUAAAGCUGCUCUUUGAUGUCUUUCACUGCCAGAUUCUACAUGGAGAUCUGAGUACGAAUAUGAGGAAGUACUCCGAUCACAUUGGACAUGUGCAGGUGGCUGGUGUGCCUGACCGAGGAGAGCCUGAUGCAAGGCAAGAAGUCAACUUCAGGUAUCUCUUUGAUCUUCUACGAAAUGAACUGGGCUAUCAGGGACAUAUUGGCUGUGAAUACCACCCCCGCGGAGAGACAGAGGAUGGCCUAAAGUGGCUAGAAGAAGUGGUGGCAGAGUGA